CCUUUUAACUUGAAAAUUCCUCUUUCGACAUCUCUAUACCAUAAAUGUGAAAUAGCAUGUCAAACCUUUUCUAUUUCUGAGUAUUUUAUCGAUACAGAUAUUUUUCAGAAAGCUCAUAUCAGUUCUGGACCCAUUUUGUUUCCAGAAGAAAUAUAUAUUUCUUGUAAUAUAGCUUUGCAGGCAAUUUGUCGAAAUCAUUUUAAAUCAAAGUAUGCAUGGAAUGCUGAUCGCAACAAAAAUGAUUCAUCUGUCAUGUUAGCUCGUCUUAGAUCAAAUUAUUGGGAACGCCUUAAUAAUGUCCUUGUUUUUAAAGGAGAAGAAAUGCCAACAAAUGAUGGCUUAGAAGCAGCAAAAUUGGAACUUUGUCAAAAGAUGAAAGCUUGGAAUCGUUGUCUUUAUGGUGAUCUUAAGUAUAUUUUUGCAUAUGCAGUAGGAGAUUCCUAUUUACAAUUUUAUGUAAUUGAUCCAUCCUUUAAUCUGUAUAUUAUUUCGGAUACUUAUGAUUUAAAAAACUUGAGGGAUCAGGUUAAGGUUCUUAUUAAUAUUUUCAACAUCCAUCGUAUUAUACGUUCUAUGGAACUAUUAUUACCUUAUGCAACUGUGCCAGUUUGGUCACAUUUUAAGAGAACUUAUGGUGACAUUUUUAUAGCGGAUACUGAGAUUGAGAAAAGGAUUUUCUUUUUUUCAAAAUAUUCCUACAGCAAUAUAACC